AUGGAAAAAGUCGUUCCAGAGGUUCUCUCGUGCAAAGUACGACAUGCUAUCAUGUUGGUAAGAAAUCGUACGGCACCCGGUCCCGACAGAAUAAGACCGGAACACCUGAAGAACCUUAAACGAGUGGUCAUCAACAUCCUUGCGAGGUUCUUUACACGUUACCUAUCCGAGUGCAAGGUUCCUAAACAGUGGAAGACCAGCAAGACCGUGUUGUUGUAUAAGAAGGGAGAUCCACAUGACAUCGGCAACUGUCGGCCCAUCAGCUUACUGUCCGUCAUCUACAAGCUCUUUACAAGAGUGAUCCUUGAUAGGAUCGAAAAAAAUCUUGAGACAGCCAUCCGAGCAUCUUAA